AGGGGGAGGGAUCCGGGCCCGGCCGCGGCGACCCCGCCCCUCGUUCGGCCCCUCCCCGCCCCGUCCCGUCCCGCCGGGAGGGAGGGAGCCGGAGCCCGAGCCCCGCAGCCAAGCCGAGCAGCCGGAGCAGGGGGCCCCGGGCGCCCAGGAGCCCCACAGCGGGAGCCGGGGCCCCAGCAGCAGCAGCCGCCGCGGGAGCCGGAGCCUCUCGGGGCCGCCCCCCUCCGUGUGGCCGGCGGAGUCGCUGUCGCACCCCCGUUAGCUCCGCUGGGGGCAGGCCGGAGGCGGCGGCUGUCACCAGGCGGCGGCGGCAGUAGUGCUGAAGGACCCCAAUCAGAUCAAGUCUGCAUUGUGCUAGUCACUGUACGGACACAGAACAGACAGUCCCUCUCCUGAGAGAUUACAGUCUAUGUAUAAAACAAGGGACAACAGACAGGAGGAGCACAAGAAACAAUUAUGAAUUCAAUAAUUGAUGCUGGUCCCCUGCCGGGAGAGUACAUCUGAAGACUGCCCAUGGACGAUCGAUGCUUGUGUUUUCUGAAGUUCUAGGAUUCUUUUGUUUUACUGUUUAAUUUACUGAAGAGUCCAUUUUUUCCCAUGAGUCAUCGUCCACCUCUGGAAAGGUAGAGGUGCAAAGUAGCUCAACAUGAGUGGCCUUGGGGACAGUUCAACAGACCCUGCUAACCCUGAUUCCCGGAAGAGGAAGGGGUCGCCAUGUGAUACGUUGGCCCAGAGCAAUGAAAAGCGACGCCGGGAGCAGGAGAAUAAAUACUUAGAGGAGCUGGCGGAGCUGCUCUCGGCAAACAUUGGUGACAUCGACACCCUGAGUGUCAAGCCAGACAAAUGCAAGAUUCUAAAGAAGACGGUCGACCAAAUCCAGCAGAUGAAGAGGUUGGAACAAGAGAAAACAGCUGAUGAUGACGUCCAGAAGUCUGACAUCUCAUCCAGCAGCCAAGGAGUGAUCGAAAAGGAAUCUCUGGGACCUCUUCUCCUGGAAGCACUGGAUGGCUUUUUCUUCGUUGUGAAUCGCGAGGGGAGGAUUGUGUUUGUGUCCGAGAAUGUGACCAGCUACCUGGGUUAUAACCAGGAGGAGCUCAUGAAUACCAGUGUCUACAGCAUCCUGCACGUAGGGGAUCACGCGGAGUUCGUCAAGAAUUUGCUGCCAAAGUCUCUAGUAAAUGGAGUUCCUUGGCCUCAGGAAGCAACCAGACGCAGCAGCCAUACCUUCAGCUGCCGGAUGCUGAUCCGCCCCCCUGAUGAGCUGGGUGCGGAGAACCAGGAGGCUCGCCAGCGCUAUGAGGUGAUGCAGUGCUUCACCGUGUCCCAGCCCAAAUCGAUCAAAGAGGAAGGAGAAGAUUUCCAAUCCUGUCUGAUAUGCAUUGCACGGAGAUUACCUCGACCUCCAGCUGUCACCAGUUCAGAAUCUUUCAUGACCAAGCAGGAUACUACAGGUAAAAUUAUCUCCAUUGACACCAGUUCCCUAAGAGCCGCAGGCAGGACUGGCUGGGAGGAUUUAGUGCGGAAGUGCAUCUAUGCUUUCUUCCAGCCUCAGGGCAGAGAGCCAUCUUAUGCCAAACAGCUAUUUCAAGAAGUGAUGACACGUGGCACGGCCUUCAGUCCAUCGUAUAGAUUCACGCUGAGCGACGGGACGGUACUUAGCGCCCACACCAAGUGUAAGCUCUGCUAUCCUCAAAGCCCAGAAAUGCAGCCUUUCAUCAUGGGUAUCCAUAUCAUUGACAGGGAUCACCACAUGCUCUCUCCUCAAGAGAACACUAACUCUGGAAUGCCCCUUCCCCGUGUCAGCCCUGCGCUGCACCCUAGCAUGUCCCCAGGGCAAGGCAUGGCGCUCUCGUCCGUUAUCCCUCCAUCCAACAGCAGCAUGUUGGCGACCAAUGUAAAUCAGCAGCCAGGCUCUGGCCUCCACAGCAGCAAUUCCAGCACCGGCCAGACAAGCUUUGGGUGUUCACCUGGGAAUCAGAUCGGAGCCAAUGUUGCCUUAAGCCAGGGACAAGCUGGUCCCCAGAACAAUAACCACCUUUUAAACCUCAGUAGCUCUCCCAUGAAUAGUCCAGGGAUUACCCCAGCACAGUUCAUGUCUCCUAGGCAUCGGGUUAGCCCAGGAUUGGUACCAAGGCCCAGAAUGCCAAGCAAUCCUUUCUCGCCUACCAUGCCUACCAUGCACUCCCCUGUGAGCAUGGCGAGCAGCGGCUGCAGCAGCGGUGGCAGCAGCAACAGGCCUUUCCCCAGUGCCCCGAUAAACUCUAUGCAGGGGCUUAAUGAAGGCCCCAGCACCCCCAUGGGCUACUCCACGCCGCCUCCCAUUCUGAGGCAGCCGAGCUCCCAGAACUCGCCCGGCCGGCUCAGCAUGCAGCCUGUGAAAACGGAGCCGAAAGACAGCAAGGAGAUUGCCUCCAUCCUGAGCGAGAUGAUUCAGUCUGACAGUGGCUCGAGCGAUGGCAAGCCACUGGACUCAGGCCUGCUACAUGCCAGUGACAGACUCUCGGAGGGAGACGCCAAGUGCUCCCAAGCCACCAGCCACAAGCUGGUUCAGCUCCUGGCCACAACGGCAGAACACCAGCUGCGGCACACUGAUGCAGACACUAGCUGCAAAGAUCCCUUAUCCUGCACGGGUGCCUCUGGGAACCCUCCAGGCAACGCGUGUCCCUCUUCCCACAGCUCCCUCACAGAGCGGCACAAGAUCUUACACCGGCUCUUGCAGGAGGGCAGCCCCUCCGACAUCACCACUCUGUCCAUGGAGCACGACAAGAAGGAUACCGCGCCAAACGCUGCCGCCACCCCUACCUCUCAGAGUCACAUCCCGGGGACCCCUGAAAUCAAACUGGAGCCAGAGGCCUUGAAGAAAAAGGAGUCCAAGGACCAUCAGCUCCUACGCUACCUGCUAGACAAGGACGAGAAGGACCUUGCCGCGGUCCCGGCCCUGAGUCUGGAUGACGUGAAGGUGAAAGUGGAGAAAACGGAGCAGAUGGAUCCGUGCAAUACGACUCCGGCCCCGCUGACCAAGCCCUCUGCUGCAGAGGAAGUGAAGCUAGAGUCGCAGGGCCAGUUUGCUGCUGAGCUCGACCAGCUCGACCAGCUGCUGCCUUCGCUGGAGAAAGCAGCCCAGUUGCCAGGCUUGUGUGGGACGGAUAGAACCGAAAGCAGCAUGGCCAGUGUCGCGGUCAAACCUGAGAUUCUGGCAGCCCCGCUCCAGCCCAGCGCUGCAGCAAGAACUCCAAUGGGGCUUAACACUAUUAACGGCGGGCAGGGCAUGCAGGCUGGCCGGUCCCCAUUUGAGUUCUGCGACCCCGUGGAGCCAGUUCAGCUCAGGCCAGCUCAUUUUCCUGCAACGAAUGGCAGCAGACCGCAUUCCGGGUUACCGUCAGAGCAGGGCAGGGGGACAGUAACUGGACCAAACCCCUUCCAGCCUGAUACAGGAUUGUCUGAACUGGAGUUGGGAGUCUCCGAUCAACAGUUUGGACAGCCAGGAAUGGGUGACCAGAUUCCAUGGGCAGACAACCCCAUGGCCUCCAUGAACCGAGUAUCUUUGAAUAAACCAGAUGACCAGUGUAUCACUUCCCAGCUGGACGAACUCCUGUGCCCCCCCACCACGCCGGAGGGCCGGAGCGACGAGAAAGCCCUCCUGGAGCAGCUUGUGUCCUUCCUGAGUGGCAAAGAUGAAACCGAGUUGGCGGAAUUGGACCGAGCUCUUGGGAUUGACAAAUUGGUCCAGGGAGGAGGCCUGGAAGUGCUGACUGACAGAUUCCAGCCACAGCAAGCGACACCGUCUCUUCUAAUGGAUCAGAAGCCUGGCCUGUACCCCCAGCCUUAUUCUUCUGCUUCUCCUACUGCUAAUCUCCCCAGCCCUUUCCAAGGCAUGGUCAGGCAGAAACCUUCUUUCGGGCCCAUGCCGGUUCAGGUACCACCGCCCCGAGGGGCUUUCCCCACCAACAUGGGAAUGCAGCCACGGCAGACUCUAAACAGGCCACCGACAGCGCCCAACCAGCUGAGACUUCAGCUGCAGCAGCGGCUACAAGGGCAGCAGCAGCUGAUACACCAAAAUCGGCAGGCGAUCCUGAACCAGUUUGCAGCAAAUUCUCCGGUCGGCAUCAGUAUGAGGGCAGGCAUGCAGCCUCAGAUUACGCCUCAGCCACCUCUGAAUGCACAGAUGCUGGCCCAGCGCCAGCGAGAGCUGUACAGCCAGCAGCACCGGCAGAGGCAGCUAAUGCAGCAGCGAGCCAUAUUAAUGAGACAGCAGAGCUUCGGGAACAACCUUCCUCCCUCGGCUGGACUCCCAGUGCAGAUGGGGGCAGCUCGCCUCCCCCAGGCACCCCCACAGCAGUUCCCCUAUCCCCCCAACUACGGUACGAAUCCAGGAAACCCUCCCACCUCCACCAGCCCCUUUUCGCAGCUGGCAUCGAACCCUGAGGCAGCACUGGCCAGUCGCAACAGCAUGGUGAACAGAGGGAUGAUGGGGAACGUUGGAGGGCAGUUUGGUGCCGGGAUGACCCCUCCCAUGCAGCAGAACAUCUUCCAGUACUCGGGGUCAGGCAUGGGUCAGCAAAGUGAGCCUGCAUUCGCUCCAUCACUCAGCCCCAGUAGCCCUCUGAUGUCGCCGCAGAUUCCUCCUUCGCAGAGCCCCAUGCUCCAGUCAGCUCCACCGACCCCUGGAUACCAGUCCCCAGACAUGAAGACUUGGCAGCAAGGAACAAUGGGGAAUAAUAAUGUAUUCAGCCAAGCUGGGCAGAACCAACCCACACCUGCGCAGCAGGGAAUGUACAACAACAUGAGCAUCACCGUGUCCAUGGCUGGAGGAAACACAAACGUCCAGAACAUGAAUCCAAUGACUGGACAAAUGCAGAUGAGCUCACUGCAAAUGCCCGGGAUGAACUCCAUGUGCUCUGAGCAGGUAAAUGACCCAGCGCUGAGACCCACCGGCCUUUACUGCAACCAACUUUCCUCCACUGACCUUUUGAAAACAGAAGCAGAUGGGGCGCAGGUCAGUAAGAAACUCCUAAGCACAGACCCAUCUGAGGUACAACAGGUUCAGGUGUUUGCUGACGUGCAGUGUACAGUGAAUCUGGUAGGUGGAGACCCUUACCUGAACCAGCCUGGUCCAAUGGGCUCGCAGAAAAGCACGACAGGUCCUCAGACCCCUCAGGCCCAGCAGAAGAGCCUCCUUCAGCAGCUACUGACUGAAUAACCGCUUUUAAAGGAAUGUGAAAUUUAAAUAAUAAGACAUACAGAGAUAUAUAAAUAUAUAUAUAUAUUAUAUAUUUUUCUGAGAUUUUUGAUAUCUCAAACUGCAGCCAUUCUUCAGCUCUUAGUGUUUGGAGCAAAAAGUUUUUUUUUUGUUUUGGGGUUUUUUUUUGUUUGUUUUUUUUGUCUUUCGGGGGGGGGGGUUGUUUGUUUUUGUAAAAGGCGUUGGAUGUUGGCAAAGCGACAAGGCAGGACAGUCGGUUUCUUGAGCCAAAAUUACAGAUGAUUCUUAUUUUUGUAAUCAGUUGCUGGCAUCUUACUCCAGACGAAGGUUUCUGGGGGAAGUGGGGAAGGGGAUGGAGGAAGAAGUGAGUUGAAAGAGACUGCUUCGGAAGGAGGAAGAUCAUCUCAGUUUCAGCUGGAUCUGUCACUGAUUCGUGUCUCAGCCCAGUGGGAAGGUGGGGAAAGACACCGGACUUCUAUCAGAAAGGCUGUUUUUAUUCAUGCUUAAAAAACCCAAACACCUUUUCUCCCUUCUGCCCCAGCCCGCUUGUGCGUACAAUCAGCUUUUUCUAGCAAUCGUGAGUUUGUCAGUUUUAAAGAAAAACAGAGUAUUUUGACCCAUCAUUUUUUCCAUGUUUUAUGCUGAUGUUUAAAGCCUCCUAGCGAGAGAGGCCACAAUGUGUAUAUCACAUCGGGGAAAUUAAUAAUAAAAAGACAAAAAAAAAAAAAGAACAGUUUGGGGGGAAAAGCUGCAAUAAUUUUUAGGGGGAAGGAUGAGGAGGAGGGGGAGGGUUCUGUCAAUUAUUGUAGAUCAAAAUUUUCUGAUUAAAUAUUAAAUAAAAUUAAGCAGUUUUUUUCUGCUUUGAUUGUGCUUAACAGCUGAGGUAGCUUAAACUAUUUAAAAUAAUAAUAAAAAUAAUAAAAAUUCAACUCUCUGAUGGGAGAGAGCUUAUUUUUUUCCCCCUCAAACCUGUCGCUGUACAUAGCUCUGAUGUCUUGUAUACAUUUGUUUUCUUCCUUUCGUUGCGAUCGCUUUUUAUUUGAUUUAUGAUUUUUUCCCCUUUUUCUAAAAUUGUGCUGGUGUGUGGAAAAUGUGUAGCUUUGUUGACUGCAUUUGCAAGAGAGAGAAAAACAAAGAAAUGGAGAUGGCUGCUAAUGUUGUAUUGCUUUCCGAUGACUGUGCUGGGCAGUGUGUGGAUUUUCCCUCUCUUGGGGUUGGAGGUGGACAGGAGCAAGUCUAGUUGUCAGAGGUGCUGAGCAUUCACUGUUCCCGCUAGUCAAUAGGAGCUGCAGGAGCACUCAGCACUUCUGGAAAUUGGCCCCCUGAGCUUCGAAGGGCUGGUUCAUUCUGCCCCACAGAACAGCCUGGUCCUGGUCCAACUCCAGUGGGAGGCUUGACACUACCAAAGCCUACAGGGGAUGUUGUUGUUGCUGCCACUAGAGAGCAGGGUUCCUGCUCCUGCCCUGCCACUCAGGCAGAGCCACCAGCAGUCGCAGAACAAUAUUUGGUGCCGUCUGCUCCCCUCUUGUCUCUAGUAUUUGCUCCAUCACUCCCAGCCACAUCCCCAGAGGCAGAUCCACCUCAGGAAGGAGCCAUGGAAAACAUGGCUGCUGAGAUGGAGGCCUGGCAGGAGGGAUAAGUAAACUAUGUGCAGGCAGUUCUCCACUGCUGAGUCCUUCAGGCCCAUCUUACGGGGAGAAGGCAUUCAGAAGCCUCCUGGGCUUCCUCUCUGAGUGCAGAGCGGGACAGGUCUGGAGCCACAGCUGGGCUGGAUGCAGAGCACAGCCCCAGAGCCUCCAGGUGGCAGGACAGAUACUUGCUACUCACUCUGCCAGAAAGGCAGCACGCUGGCAUGUAGCUUUGUCUCCUUCUGUCACAGAACGUGUAUAAUUCCUACAGGAGGUGUGGCCCCUAGCAGGCUCUUUGCUUCAGUUAACUUUUCCCCCUAGAAGGUGGAGAUGGAAGAACAGCCAGUAGCUAGAGUCACAGUAAAAUGAGUGAUGUGAACCGAAGACAGGUCUGCAGAGCUCUGAGCUGGAGCCAAAAGGGGUCUAAGCCACUUAGAGUGUCCCUGUUCUCCCAGAGGGGGAAAGACCAGAACUUUCAAUACACACCAGGAAUGGCCCAGCCAUUACUGUCACUCCCAGAGGAAAUACACUCAAUUCCGUGACCACAGCCAGGGAGUUGUUAACGGAGAUUUCUUCACCACAUUUGACUUGAGAGCCAAACCUCCACGUCCCCUCCCCGGGCAGGAGUUUUACCGAUCACAGAUGGGGAACUGUAUGUCCGGUUCUGUGCACCAAUGGUCAUCCUAACAUCGGCACCUUGCAGCUCCACCAAGCUGAGUGUGAUGAGCAAAGGCGGCCUCAGACAAGAAGGGAUGUGUGAUAGCCCACGUGGGAGACUGGCUAAUAAAAUCUGGAGCAGAAAUGGCAGCUCCAUCCAGGGCGCUAGAAUUCUUCCAAACUACAGAGGCGUCGGCCAUCUGGACUCAGCUGGAUACGAUACCACACUCUUCUAGGAGGAGUUUUGUGCCAGGGGAGGAAGGAUCUGAUGAGAGAGCCAGUCCAACACACUCAGUAUUCACUGUGUCCAGGUGGUGUGAGCCUUAUUGGGAUGCUAGUUCCCUACCUCCCCAGGGGCUGCAGCAUAUGUAUUCAUGCUACAACAGUACAUGGCACAUUACAAGACAGAGGCACCCUGCUGAAAUAAAUACGAGCCUCGGACUGUGCAGGGGGAAGAGCUGACAGAAGUGAAUUCCCUUUGGAUCUGUUCCCCUUCGUUCAAUCAUUGGGGCAAGCUUUAGAAUGUGGGGCACCUGAGAGACACCACAGUACAAAGCCAGUGCCAUUCAGAUGCCUGGUGCAACAUGUACACUGCAAGGAGUUCUUCCAUGGGGACCUUGUCUCGGUAUAUCCAUGACUGCUUCCCUCUCAGCUCCUUAAACCAAGGACUUCCCAUCCCGCUGUAUUCAUGCCCUACCCUCCACUUCCCGUACUGCUGCUGGUUGGACAGGAACCCUAAGGAGGCCCAGCUGCAGGCUAAGCACCGUUCUAGUGCAAGGCAGGCCAUACCGAAUGCUUGCCAGUCCUCACGCAGGCUCUGCCCUGUCCAGAACUGCAGAAGGUAUUCAGGCAACUAUGCAAAAAGCCACAUGUCUGAGUCCUGUCAAAUGCGCCUGGUAAAGUUUGGGUCAUGUUCUGUGUGAAGACCAAGGAAUCCCAGCUAAGAGCCUCAUAGGGUUAUUUGUUAGCCCAACCCACAUUAGACCAAGGGUCAAUUUCUGAACCCUCCUGUGGAACCUAAAGUUGGUAUUGGGCCUGGGCUAUGCUAGCGGGGGCGGUUUGAACUAAGAUACACAACUUCAGCUACGCUAUUCA